AGCCGAGGCGAUUUCUAAGUGCGGGUGGUACCCGGGAGUCAUGAGAACAUCCCAUUCAGCAGUGAUUUUGUACACAAUCAAACUGUUCCUAUUUUCUGCAGUCCUGGGCUUCCUAAAUGAUCAUUGCCUUAGUGGUGAAAAGGAGCCCCUUGAAUUGAGUGGCACCAACGCGAGCCUGGCCAGAGGCAGGUGGGUCCGAUCCGUGAGCAGUCUGCCGCAGCCCAUCGACUGUGUGCUCUCCAGUUGGUCCUCGUGGAGCAAGUGCGAUCCCUGUCAAAAGAAAAGGUACAGGUUUGCUCGCCUGGAACAACCUUCUCAGUUCAAUGGAGAUCCAUGUGAUCAAUUUGAUAAAGAAACUGAAGACUGUGUUACAAAUAGUCCUUGCAGAAAUAAAGUUAGAUGUGAAGGGUUUGAAUGUGCAAUUACAGGAAGAUGCAUUACGCGGAGGCUGCUUUGUAAUGGGGAUGAUGACUGUGGGGACCAAUCAGACGAAAAAAACUGCAAAAAAGUGUUUAGAAAAUGUGACCAGAAGAUGGAGCAAUACUGGGGAAUAGAGAAUCUGGCAAAAGGGUUGAAUAUUUUCACAAAUGAGUUGGAAGGAUCCGUUCUUGAUCACAGGUACUAUGCGGGGGGAUGUUCUCCCCAUUAUAUUGAGGACACGAGAUUUAGAAAGCCGUACAAUGUAGAAAGAUACACCCCAGAGACCAAAGGCAAAUACGAAUUCACACUGACUGAAUAUGACUCCUACUCAAAUUAUGAAAGUAGUGUCCUGAAGGCAAAAGCUUCACAGUCUAGCUUCAGCUUUGGUAUAAAUCUGUAUUUCUUUGAACUUGGUUACAGUUCUAAUGACAGGAGGUUCAAGAAGUUCUUUCAAAGGAUGAAAAGAUUUUCUUCAACUUCCAGCAAAUUCAUCCACGCCCGCUGCGAGCUGGAUGUUGCUGUUUAUAAGCUGAAGCCCCGGGCGCUGAUGCUGCAUUACGAGUUCAUGCAGCGGCUCCAGCAGCUGCCCUCCGACUACAGCUACGGCCAGUACAGAGAGCUCUACAGGGACUACGGGACCCACUACAUCACUGAGGCCACCGUCGGUGGCAUCUACGAGUAUACGUUAGUCCUCAACAGUGACAGCCUCCAGAAGGCAGGUUAUUCUCUGAGCGACGUCCAGAAAUGCGCUCAACAUGGCUUUAACGUUGGUGCAACUAUCAAAAAAGUCUUUGUUGGUUUGGGAGUGACUGAUGGCACCUGUAAUUCCCUUUUAAGAGAAAUUGGAGACAGCACCUACAGAAAGCAGUAUGUGGAAGACUUCAUCGCCCUUGUGCGUGGAGGAGCAAGUGAGCACAUCACCACGCUGGCUCACAAAGACCUGCCGACCGCUGCACUAAUGCAGGAAUGGGGAGAUGCUGUGCAGUACAACCCCGAAAUCAUAAAGCUCAAGGCACAGCCUCUGUAUCAGCUGGUGACUCCAACUGACUUCGCUAAUGCAAUGGCCAUAAAAGCAAAUUUGCAACGUGCUCUGGAGGAGUUCGCGCUGGAGAGCAGUUCCUGCCGCUGUGCUCCAUGUCGUGGCAAUGGCAUCCCUAUCCUGAAAGGAACCAAGUGCGAAUGCUUGUGUCCCCUUGGCUAUAGUGGCACUGCCUGUGAGGUCACCAGGAGGGAAGAUGCUGCUGUUAGCGGGAACUGGGGCUGCUGGGCGAGCUGGUCGGCCUGCUCUGGAGGUCAGCGAUCGAGAAGGCGACAGUGCGACAACCCGGCACCGCUCAACGGUGGCUCCUCGUGCUCGGGGCCAGAUGUUGAGACGGCCACUUGCUAGAAGGAGCUAUAAAGAACGCACACGCAAGACAUGAGCGGGUUACUAAUUGAGUGGAAAGACGUUAGCUCACUGGCUUAUUAAGCUAGCUUAGCUCCGCUUGUGGGUCUCAUUUUAGGUGCAUUGAAGUCAGAAAAAAAUCAGAAGGCCUUGGGACCUGGGUGUGCGUUAUAGACCCUGUCUGCUGGACAUGAUUUCCAAUGGGAUUGAAUGUGCUUACCCUUCUUACCAUUUUGACUUUAUUGCAAUGGGUUAAUUGAGACAAGCUUCAUCUCCUGCAUUGUUUCGUAGCUGUAUGAUUACAAGUUUUAAUCUUUUGUUUCUGAAGGCUCUUUGAGAUAAGAAAAGACUGUUUGAUCUAACAUGCACCAGAAUGUGGGCUAAUACACGGCUUCUCUGAAGACAGCUGUGACAUGUGGAGCAAAAUACAGCACAUUAAAGUCUGAAUCUCGAUGAGCACAACAGUAUCUAAUGUGACAUUUAAAGCAGCUCUACCUCACUACCCCAGUUUCCUACUUUUUUAUUUAACAUAGUGUCUGUCAUGUUUGCGAUUGCCUUGAAGGAGCAGAAACUGAGUUGUGAAGAAUAUUCUGGAGAAACCAAGGUAUUGGCCUAUAGAUCAGUUGUGUUCUUAGCACAGAGAUGAGCUUCAAUCUGUGGAUUUCUGAGGCAGAGCAAAUAUCUCAGGUACAUUGAUGUAGUUGGUUCUUGGAAAGAGGAGGGAAGGGGAGAGGGGGGGUGGAUUGGAAAGCAGCUGCUGUUUGGGAAUAUUGAGGGUAGGAGGGGCAGGAAGGGUUGUACCUCAUGAACCAUGACCAGCAGCUGUCACCCCAGGAGUCAGGACCUUCCGUAGAAGCAGGAUAAGCAGCAAGCUUUUAUGUAGCUCUUUGGCACAAGCAGAAUACAUAGGACAUUUUGGAACAAAGAUAAUUAUGCACCGCUCAAGUUUUCCACCCUUUGCAACUGCUUCUGCCCAAAGCUGGCUCUGGUUCAACUACCUCUGCCCAAAGCUGGCUCUGGUUCACCUGUUGAUUCCAGGAAAACCUGCUGUAUUUCAGCAGAUAUGUUGCUCUUGUAGUCAGGUUAAGGCAUCUGAGACAGAGAGAGUUCUCUGUGAAGCAAGCCAAAGCCAAAUGAAUGGCCUGCCCUUCGUUUGGUCUGAAGUCAUGGAUCAAAAUCCGUCUUGAAGAGAAGAGGAACUUGGAGAACUGUGCGAAAGGCCAACCUGGGUGGCUUUGUCCAGGGACUUCUUUCUCAAUGCUUUUUUGGUUUGUGAUUUUUGCAGAGACAUUCGUUGUGGGCAUGCUCUAAAAUAACUAGUGAUAACUUUACUCCAGGAGAAGGAUAUAGUCAGUACAAAGGUUUUCAUGAGUGUUUUCUGUUUUCUAGCUUUUACAAGGUCAAGCAGUCUUCCAAGGGUUUUUAGCAGUGCCGUUGAUGAUGAUGGGUUGGUAUCACCAGUUUCUCUUCUUUCAGGCUGACAUUGUCUUAAUGUAAUUCUUGCAAGAGCAACUCAGCCUCUCUGACAUUUGAACAAUGAAACAUUCAUUUAGUUUUCGUUCGCAGGCCGCCUCCACACUUAUUGACAAGGUUUCUGUGACAGCUUUAAGAAAGGAAGAGCACAUUGCAUAUGUAAAAGCAGAGUGCUCUGUACUCAUAAUGGGCUACAUAAUUGACCUGCCAGCCCAAAACAUUUCCGUUUUGCGCUGUGUAACUAUUAUCGCUUUUGUGUGAUGGAGAUUUGCCAACAGGCUCAUGGAGUCAUGGUCAAAGAGGUCACUACUUAUGCUAAAUAUAGUGUUCCUUAGUGGUUUUUGGCUGGGCUAUGAAGGCUCUGUAACAGGGAACACUGGUCACCAAUUUUGAACAGCUCGUGGAAAGCAUAUCUAGGAAAGCAUGUCCUGUAUUGCAGUUGCCUGCCCUUAUUGAGAAGCGUCGAUGUGAUCUAAGGAACUUGUUUUCUGGUGGGCAAAUUGUCUUUUGUAAAUUGGAUCACCUCUGCUGCUCAGCAAGCUGUGGGAAUCAGUCUGUGAUUGAUGUCAAUGAUCAGUCCAAAUGAUGACCAGAUGCACCACCCUAGUGUGUCUCUCCCUUACUUCUGCAAGCAUGGACACAUGUAGUGACCUGAAUUGGAACUGUCCCCUGACCAGAAAA